AUGGUGUACACUGCGGAACCCUUAGAAUACCCGAAAGGGAAAACUCUGCCAGAUCUUUUGCUCAAGCUAAACGUGAACAAUGUUCCAGCCGAGAGGCCUGCUAUAAUCGAUGGCGUUUCGGGGGCAAUAGUAUACACCUACAGCAGCCUUCGAACCGCCGUGAGAAGAGUGGCCAGCCACGUCCGAAGUGAGAUCCAACUACCCCGCGGGGCAGUUGUAGGGAUUCUUGCGGCGAAUAGCGAUAGUUACCCGGUACUCGUGCAUGGCAUCUUGGCUGCGGGAGGGGUUGUUUCUGCGUUCAACCCUUUUUAUCGAAGACAGGAAAUCGCGCACUCUUUGCGUCUUGCAAAGCCCAAGAUUGUGCUGGUGGAUCAGUCUUUGGCUGGAACACUCACGGAUGGGCUGUCCCUGGCGAAGCUGGACUAUGCGCCAGAUCUUUACAUUCUGUCGUCUGAUACCUCCCAUAGCGCUCCCUGGGGCCCCAUUUUUGAUCUGGAACGCAUUAUAGACACCGGUGCAGAGAGCCCCAAUGUCUUGGAAGCGCAAUCCGAUAAGAACAGCAGCGAUGUAGCCUUUAUAUGCUUCAGUUCUGGUACCACCGGACCGAUGAAAGGAGUCGCUCUCACUCAUAAGAACAUUGUGACAAACAUCUUUCAACACCGACAGCGGCUACCGGAGAUGUUCAAGAGUCCUAAAACCGUUGCAGCUCUUAUCACGCCAUUCUUCCACAUUCUGGGCCUGGGAGUGUUUGUCUUCACUCAUAUCAAUAUUGUACCGCCUGUUGCGCUGAGACUUCUUCAGGCGACCACUGGCAGCACCGCCGAUUUCUCUUCCCUGUUGUGCCUCAUAAAUGCCGCUGCACCCUUGAAGGAGGUGGUCUCCAGCGAGCUGUCGCGACGCAUGGGUUGUAGCAUCACACAGUGGUACGGCAUGACAGAGGCCAGCCCCAGCGUUAUUUCUCAACGGGAGGAUGAAGUGGGGAUACCAGACACAGUUGGGAAGCUCCUACCGGGCAUGUCGAUGAAAAUCAUUGAUUCGGAAGGCAAAGAGUGUCCGCCAGAAAAGCCCGGAGAGAUUCUCAUCCAGGGUCCGAAUCUGAUGCCAGGCUACGUUGGAAUCCAAAAUGGGGCAGCGGAUGCCGCGUUCAUUGAUGGUUACUUCAAGACCGGCGAUAUUGGAUACGCUAACGAAAAGGGGUAUGUGUUCCUUGUCGGCCGUUCCAAGGAGCUGAUCAAGGUGAAAGGACAUCAGGUCGCUCCGGCCGAACUAGAGUCCAUCCUGCUUAGUCACCCCAACGUGCGCGAUGCCGCUGUCAAAGGGGUUUACUUUCCAGAUCAAGAAACUGAAUAUCCCGCGGCCUACAUCACGACUGGCCUCAAGCAAUGUCAGCUUGGGCGACUAGAAGCCGAGGUUGAGGCGUUCGUAAACCAACAAGUAGCCAAGUAUAAGUGGUUACGAGGCGGCGUGCAUGUCAUAGCCGCGAUUCCUCGCAAGUAA